CUUCCAGUGAAAAUGUCACUGCGUUGUGGUUUUCAAAUAUUUUUGCCACAUUUUAGUGCGUUUUUAUAGUUUUGUUAAUUCCAUUUUGAAAAGUUUUCAAUGAAAAAAAUCAGUUUAAUUUAAUUUAUUUCCAACUAACACACACUCUACCCCUAUUUCCUUUGAUAUUUAACUAAUCCAAAUAAAUUCUACUAGUGGCAUAGCCUUCGCUUAGUUUAGUAGUUAAAAAAAAAUGGCAGACUUCUUGGAUUCCGAAGCCGAAGAAUCGGAGGAUGAGGAGGAGUUGGAGCCACAUGAACGGAAGAAACUCAAAAAGAGUAAGGCAAUGGCAGACAGCAGCGAAGAGGAGGAGGAGGACGACGAGGAAGUGCUGAGAGAGGAACUUAAAGAUUUAAUCGAUGAUCGACCCAUCGAAGAGGACGGUAGCGACGGAGAGGAUUCUGAUGCAUCAGGUCGGUCUAAGAAACGUAAGAAAAGCGACGACGAUGAUGAACUGGACGAUCGACUGGAGGACGACGAUUAUGAUUUGAUCGAAGAGAAUCUGGGAGUUAAAGUCGAAAGAAGGAAACGUUUCAAACGCUUGCGUCGAAUACAAGAUGAGGAAAGCGAUGGUGAAGAACAACCCGUUGACGAGGGACUAGCACGUGAAGCGAUUGCCGAACAGCUCUUUGAUGAUGAUGAUGAUAACGAACGCCGUUCUGAACGCAGUCACAGAGAACCGGAAGUAGAACAUUUCGACGACGAAGAAGAGUCUGACUCCGAUGCUGAUGAUUUUAUCGUUGAUGACGAUGGCAGACCAAUUGCCGAAAAGAAAAAGAAACGUCGUCUCUUAUUUAACGAUGCAUCACUUCAAGAAGGUCAAGACAUCUUUGGAGUUGACUUCGAUUACGAUGAUUUCUCAAAAUACGACGACGAUGAAUAUGAAUCCGAAUCAGAAGGCGAUGAUUAUGAAGAAGACGACGGCACCGGCGAACGUGAGAAACGUCCCAAAAAAUCCACCAAAAAGAAAUCCGCCAAAAAGACAAUAUUUGAAAUUUAUGAGCCAAGUGAAUUGAAACGCGGACACUUUACGGACUUGGAUAAUGAAAUACGAAAGACUGACAUCCCCGAACGUAUGCAGUUGCGUGAAGUGCCUGUUACUCCUGUUGCAGAGGGCUCAAAUGAGCUUGAAGAUGAAGCCGAAUGGAUAUACAAGCAGGCGUUUUGUAAACGCUCUGUUUCCGAGCAAGAAAAGCCAACAGACGGAGGCUCACGUGACCGCUACCGCAAACCACCGAGUGCGAUAGGAAAAAUAAAGCAGACCCUUGAUUUUAUGCGAAAUCAACAGCUGGAGGUACCAUUCAUUGCUUUCUAUAGAAAAGAAUAUGUCAAGCCCGAGCUGACGUGCGAUGAUCUGUGGAAAAUUUACUACUUCGAUGGGCGGUGGUGUCAGUUGCAGUCUCGAAAGAACAAGCUGUUGUUGUUGUUUGAGAAGAUGCGUAACUAUCAGUUGGACAAGAUCAUGCAAUCGUCUGAUGCACCAAUUCCUGAUGAUAUGCGCGUUAUCAAAGACGAAGACCUUGACAGGCUCCGGGAAGUGCAAACGCCUGAAGAAUUGAAAGAUGUUCAUAUGCACUUCUUGCUCUACUACUCUCAUGAGAUUCCUAAGAUGCAAGAGGAAUUCCGACGGAAGGAAAAAGAGGAGCGGAAAAAGGCCAGAGAGGAAGCCCGGCGAAAGGCGUUGGAGAAUCUAGAAGAAGGCCAAGAACCGCCGCCUGAAAGUGAAGAAGUCGAAGAGAUUGAGGACGAGCCCGAGGAACAACUGAAACAAGCCAGAGACUCUGGACCUUAUGCAAUGUGCAGGAAAGCCGGCAUUUGUGGAUUUGCAAAGCGCUUCGGACUCACUCCGGAGCAAUUUGCAGAAAAUCUGCGAGACAGCUACCAAAGGCACGAAGUCGAUCAGGAAGCGAUUGAGCCGGCCGAUGUUGCGAAGCAGUUCUUGUGUCCAAAGUUUAUGAUGGUGGAUGAGGUCAUCCAUGCCGCAAAGUUUGUGGUGGCACGGCAAAUUGCGAAGGAGCCAUUGCUGAGGAAAUGCGUUCGCGAGAUAUUCUUCGAAAGAGCCAAGAUAAAUGUGAGACCUACAAAGAAAGGCAUGAAGGAGGUGGAUGAGAAUCAUCCAUGCUACGGAAUGAAAUAUUUGACAAAUAAGCCCGUCAUGGAUUUGGUUGGUGAACAGUUCCUUCGUCUAAACAUAGCUGAGGAAGACGGUUUGUUGGAAAUAACGAUUCUUGAAAAGAUCGAGGGUAAUACAGCGAGUUCAUAUUUAGAAGAAGCGAAGCAGCUGUACCAGCGUGAUGAGUUUUCCAAAAAUGUCCAGGACUGGAACGCCCUUCGAAGUGAAUGUGUAGAACUAGCGCUUACAAAAAUGGUCAUCCCCGAAAUCAAGAAAGAGCUUAAAGCGGUUUUGAUUGCAGAAGCUAAAGAAUCAAUUUUGAAGGCCUGUUGCACAAAGCUCAGUAACUGGAUCAAAGUUGCUCCCUAUCAACCCGAGUUCACUGAAGAAGACGACUACGAAUGGGACGCAUCGAAAGGCAUCCGUGUGAUGGGGUUGGCUUACGUUCCCGACUACACGCAGGCGGCGUUCUGUGCUAUAACAUCCCACGAGGGUGAAGUCACGGACUAUCUUCGGCUUCCACACAUUCUCAAAAGGAAGAACUCUUAUCGCGCAGACGAGAAACAAUGUAAACAGUCGGACAUGGCCAAUCUAAAGGCCUUCCUGCUGAAUAAGAAACCGCACGUUGUGGCGAUAGGUGGAGAAUCCCGUGAGGCUCAAAUGAUCCAACAAGAUGUUCAAGAAGUCAUUAAGCAGUUGGUUGAGGAGGAACAGUUCCCACAGGUUGCAGUAGAGAUAAUUGACAAUGAGUUGGCCAAGAUCUAUGCCAAUUCAAACAAGGGAGCAGCUGACUUCCGAGAGUAUCCCACACUCCUGAAACAGGCUGUAUCACUGGCUAGGAAAAUGCAAGAUCCUUUGGUAGAGUACUCGCAGCUGUGUGGUCCCGAUGAGGAAAUUCUCUGUCUGAGAUACCAUUCGCUGCAAGAGCAAAUUCCCAAAGAGGAACUCCUCGAGCAUCUGAACUUGGAGUUCAUAAACCGCACCAACGAAGUUGGCGUGGACAUAAACCUAGCGGUGCAAAACUCAAUGACACUGAACUUGAUCCAAUUUAUUUGCGGCUUGGGACCCAGAAAAGGCCAAGCUUUGGUGAAGAUACUAAAGCAGACAAACCAGCGUCUGGAAAAUCGAACCCAGCUUGUUACUUCAUGCCAUAUGGGUCCGAAGGUGUUCAUUAAUUGUUCGGGUUUCAUUAAAAUCGACACCAACUCGCUGGGUGAUAGUACUGAGGCAUAUGUGGAAGUGCUCGACGGUUCCCGUGUUCAUCCUGAGACGUACGAAUGGGCUAGAAAAAUGGCUGUUGAUGCUUUGGAGUACGAUGACGAGGAGACAAAUCCAGCCGGAGCAUUGGAAGAAAUUCUGGAAUCACCGGAGCGUCUCAAGGACUUGGAUUUGGAUGCAUUUGCUGAAGAAUUGGAACGUCAAGGAUUCGGCAACAAGAGCAUCACUCUCUACGACAUCCGAGCGGAGCUGAAUUCGCGUUACAAAGACCUGAGAGUUCCAUUUAGGUCGGCGAAUGCUGAAGAGCUCUUCGAUAUGCUAACUAAAGAAACUCCAGAAAGUUUUUACGUAGGCAAGAUGCUGUUGGCUACGGUGAGCGGAAUAUCACAUCGAAAACCCCAAGGCGAGCAACUGGACCAGGCCAAUCCGGUGCGCAAUGACGAAACUGGACACUGGCAGUGUCCAUUCUGUCUCAAAGACGAUUUUCCUGAACUUUCAGAAGUGUGGAAUCAUUUCGACGCCGGUGCUUGUCCAGGCCAAGCGACUGGUAUCAAGCUGCGCCUAGACAAUGGGCUUUCAGGGUUCAUCCAUAUAAAGAAUCUAUCCGACAAACACGUUAAAAAUCCCGAGGAACGAGUACAAAACAACCAAGCUAUUCAUGUGCGAAUAAUCAAAAUCGAUGUGGAACGCUUCUCGGUUGACUGCUCGUCUAAAAGUUCGGACCUGAUGGACAAGAAUCACGAAUGGCGACCGAGGAAGGACAAUUAUUAUGAUCAAGAGCAAGAGGACAAAGACCGCCGCAAAGAAGAUGACUCGAAGAAGGUCAAAGCAAAGCAGCAAUAUGUGAAGCGAGUAAUUGUACAUCCAUCGUUCCACAAUAAGUCCUAUGCUGAAGUGGUCAAAAUCAUGGAGAGCAUGGACCAGGGAGAGGUCAUAGUUCGUCCGUCGAGCAAGGGCUCCGAUCAUUUGACGGUGACAUGGAAGGUGACGAAUGAUAUUUAUCAGCACAUAGACGUUCGGGAAGAGGGUAAAGAGAAUGCAUUUAGCUUGGGUCAGAGUCUCCUGAUUGGCAAUGAAGAAUUCGAGGAUUUGGAUGAAAUCAUAGCCCGUCACGUGAAUCCAAUGGCAGCAUCAGCGAGGGAGUUACUAAGCUACAAAUACUAUCGUGAUACAGGUGGCGGCCUUAAGGACAAGAUGGAAGAGCUGCUCAAGGAGGAAAAGAAGAAAGACCCGAAGAAAAUUCACUACUUCGUAUCUGCUUCAAAGAACUAUCCGGGCAAAUUCCUGCUCUCCUACCUGCCAAAGACAAAAUGCAGACACGAAUACGUCACUGUAACACCGGAGGGUUUCCGUUACCGAGGACAGAUCUUUGAGUCGAUUAACACCUUCCUCAAGUGGUUCAAGGACCAUUACUCGGAUCCUCUGCCAGGAAAUACACCAAUGUCGACACCCCGCCCGCCAGCAAGCACAAGGACGCCCGGCUAUAGUACACCGCAGUUGAGUGUAAGCUCGGGCUCAAUCGGAAACCGAUCCCAUGUUCCACCACACAUGAUGCACUCCAUGUCGCAUGGAAUGUCUAGCCAGACGCCACACUAUCCUAACACGCCUGGCUACCAGGGCGGAUAUGUGAAUACUCCGUACACACCAAGCGGACAGACGCCGUUUAUGACGCCUUAUCACACUCCUCACUCGUCGCAAACUCCGCGUUACAAUCACAAUACUCCGAGUCCAGCAUCAUCCACUUCCAACGGUCAUUUUGCACGUCCAACAAUUCCUCCGUCGUCUCAUUCCCGGCAUGGUGGAUCGGUGCACGCUUCACCACAAUCAUAUGGACGUUCACCACGUGAACCUGGUGGUAGUCGAGGCUCGGGCGGCGGCGGUGGUGUACCUCCACCCCACCAUUCUCGAUCAAAUGCAUACAGUUCGGCCCAACAAGAGAGCAUGGACUGGCAAAUGGCUUCGGAUUCUUGGGCGCGUCGCAAACCAUCUGCCUCCGGACAGCACGGUAGAAACCCAUCGGGGGGCUUGCCUCCUCCUGCAAUGCCGACGAGCAGCAAUUCGGCAAGAACACCCCGCUACGAAGACUACCCACGCAAAACACCCCAAUACGCAGAAGAACGACCAAUGAGUCGAUCCGGACGAUCGGACUUCUCAAAGAGUCCACGAUCAAUGCGAAGUACGCCACGAACGAACACCUCUCCUCACUCAAUGAACCUGGGCGAUUCCACUCCACUCUAUGAUGAAAACUAGUUUUCCUUCCUCUCUCUCUUUCUUCCUCUCCUUCUUCUACUAUUUAAUUAAUUAUUAGUCUAAUGCCAGACGCAAUAAGUUAAUGACUUUCAUUUGAAUUGAUUUUUUAUACAGACAUACAUAACUUUAUAUAGCCGCCCUUUUUAAAUAAUAAUAAAUUGAUGAUAAAAUUGGAGCCACUAGACUAGACUCUCCGCUUCUCUUAUACUACUUCUCGUUGGAAUUUCAAGCGAAGCGCUUUGCAUUGUGGUAUAUAUAGAAAAAAAGUGGAAUACACAAUAAAUAAAUUGAAAUUUUAAAUUAAACUAAACAAAAAGAGAACAAAACAAACAACAAAAAAAAAAACAAUAGAACGUAUACAAAAAUUAGGCAAACCAAUAAAACAGUUUUAGUAAUUUAAUUGAUCGAUAUAAAAUACAAAAAAGAAUAAAACAAAUAUUAUACAAUAUAUUAUCUGAAUAUAUAUAUAAAAAAGAAAGCAGCUUAAAAAUAGUUGCAUUAAAAAUUAAUAAAAUAAAUUGAAAACUAAACUAUUACAACUCGAGUUUAAUAAAGCUACAUAAAAUUUCUUUGAAAAAAGUA